AUGGAUUAUGUUGAAAAACGGAUGGCCCAAGAAGCUGCGAAACCCCCUCUCUCACCCGAAGUCCAAACGAUAUUCUCUCCUAUAAACGCCAUCCUUCUUUCACUCCUCAUUUACAUUUUGUACAAACAACUCAAACCUGUACCUCCGCCAGUCUUGCCGGCCCCACCUACCCCUACAGUAUUUCGCACCUUUAUACCAGCAACACUGCUUCCAUACAAUGGUCAAAAUGACAUGCCAGUUUACCUAGCUGUCCGAGGACAAGUUUACGAUGUAUCAAGAGGGCGAAAUUUCUAUGGACCAGGAGGUCCCUAUGAGAAUUUUGCUGGUCGAGAUGCGAGUCGCGGGCUUGCAAAAGGGAGCUUUGAUGAAGAGGUAUUAACGAAAGACCUGGAAGGACCAUUAGAUAAACUAGAAGAUCUUGACGAAGAUGAGCUUGAAGCGCUUCAAGGAUGGGAGGAAAGGUUCAAGGAGAAGUACUUGGUCGUUGGAAGACUCAUCUCAGUUGAUAAGGAAAAAAAGAAUGAAGAAAUUAAAGAGUAG